UGAGGUACCGGGCCAAGCUCCGGGCAGUGCUGGCCCAGGAGCGGCAGCAGGAGCGUGUCCCCCGGCAGUAAAGCAGCGCCCGGAGCGGAGGCGGGGUGGGUCGUGCCAGCCCCCCCGCCGUGCUCUCCGCCGCUCAUGGCUCUCCUCCGCCGCUGCGCAGGAGUGCCCGGCAGUGUAAUUCACCUGCGCUGCCUGCAGCAGGAAGGAGCUGAUCCCCCCGCGCGGCUCGGGCCCCCCCCGCCCGCAGGUGAGGCGGCGGGAGCGGUGGGAGCCGCGGACAGAGCCCUGCCCGGCCGGCAUGUCCGUAACAGAUCAAGCCUUUGUGACCCUUGCUACUGAUGAUGUGUACUGUCAGGGCGCUCUCGUUCUUGGACAGUCUUUGAGGAACCAUAAGACAUCCAGAAAAUUGGCAGUUCUAAUUACUCCAGAGGUUUCCAGUGGGAUGAGGUCAGUCCUCAGCAGAGUAUUUGAUGAAGUGAUCGAGGUGGAUGUGCUGGACAGUGCUGACUCAGUCCAUUUGGCUCUGAUGCAGAGGCCAGAACUGGGUGUAACCUUCACUAAGCUUCAUUGUUGGACUCUUACUCAUUACAGCAAAUGUGUCUUCAUGGAUGCAGACACUUUGGUACUUUGCAAUGUUGAUGAGUUGUUUGAUCGAGAAGAGUUUUCGGCUGCUCCUGAUUCUGGCUGGCCUGACUGCUUCAAUAGCGGUGUGUUUGUGUUCCAGCCCUCCUUGAAGACUUAUAGGCUGCUGCUCCAGUUUGCUGCUGAACAUGGCAGCUUUGAUGGAGGUGAUCAAGGCUUAUUAAACAGCUUCUUCAGCAACUGGGCAACAGCAGAUAUUGGCAAACACUUGCCUUUCCUCUAUAACUUAAGCAGCAGCUCUGUAUACACCUAUGUUCCUGCUUUCAAUCACUUUGGUAGAGAUGCCAAAGUUGUUCACUUCUUGGGAGCAACAAAGCCCUGGAACUACAAAUACAACCUUCAAACAAAGAGAAUUAUGCAGGAUGGCACCACCUCUGGAUCUUUUCAUCAACUGUCAUUUCUUGCCCUCUGGUGGAAUAUAUACAGUGCCAGUAUAUUGCCUUUGUUGGAAAAACUUCAAAAGAUGGAAGAAUCAGAAUCUGAGGAAUGCAAGCACGCUUUCAAUGGAGUUGAAGUUACCCUGAAGAAGGUCAGUCCUUACGUGGCUGGUUCACUACAAAAGCCUGAGCUCCCAGAGCAGACAAAUGAAGUAAAUCCCACAGCGUGCUCAUCCGAGGAGCUCACUUCCAAAGCUCAACCUGUAUGUGAAGUCGAACCAAGAGAUUCUAACGUCCAUCUCUCUGAGCCUGACAGACCUUCAGAACAACCUGUAUUUCAACCUGCAUUUCAGGAAACCUCAGAAAUGAACGAGGUUGCACAUUCUGUUUCAGAGCUGUCUAUUCACUACAUACCGGCACAACCAACUCCAGAAGAUGAACGGAGAAAAUGGGAGGAAGGGCGCAUGGACUACAUGGGGAAAGAUGCUUUUGAACAUAUCAAAAAGAAAUUGGAUGCAUUUUUACACUAAGACAGGGUGUAUUGUUAUGCCCAUCAUGAUAGAUUUCUUUAUAAAUGCAGUUCUUGAAUACUUGGCAGUUUUAACUAGUUUAGUUUAACCAGUUUAGUUGAGUUAUUAUGGAUCCUUAUACGUUCUUGGGGGGCCUUAACAGAUACAGAAUCUUGGUUUUUAACUGAUAAAUGUGCCUUAACUUUAUUGUUACAUGUGUCUCAUCUUCCUUGUUCUCACAUAGUGCCUUUUACAGAAUAAUGAAUGGUACUUUUCUGAGUAUGAGCUCCCAUGUAUUUAUCAGUCUUCCCUGGUGCACCCCAGCUGCAUUCUGCAGAAACAGUCAUGUGUAUGAAACAUGUUGGAAGUUGAGAUUGUUUUGGAAGUUGAACUUUUCCCAAACUGAGAUUAUUCCCAGAGUAUUUUCAAAGGUUGUUAUAAAAGUAUUUAAAUAAAAAGAAAUUAAUCUUGAAACCAAAUUAACACUUUCAAGAAUGACUAUGAUGUAAACUUCAAUAAGAGAAAGAAGUGAUGAAAUCCUGACCUCUUAAGAGUCUGCAACAAAACUUUUUAAUUGAAACACGUUUAGGAUAGAGAAAUUUGCAGACUUCAUCUGAGAUCACUGGUGGAUGCUCUACCUACUUAUAGGAAGCUGCUCAGCUCCAUAACAAGUGUGAGGAAGAGUGGUUUAAAACUCAUUAAGAGAGUGAUAACGUGUGUUAACCUUUUAUAUUGUUGUCAUAGGAUACUGAUGCUUUUUAAAAUAUUGUAUAGUGUUAGUUGCAUAUUCUGAGUUGUGUGGUCAGAAGAAGAAAUGCUGACAGCACAGUGUAAACCUUCUGGUGCUUUAUAUCUAUUUGUUUACAGUACUUCAAGCUGCAGCUGAUAAAGGCCUUCUUUGGCUUAGCAUUGUUGCCCCAUACUGCAGGCAAUUUGAGUGCAACUGAAAACAAAAUUGACACUUGUUUCAGUGAACAGGCCCUUUGAAGAUCUUUUAAACAAUAGCUGUGUGUGGGAAUCAAUAAAUCUCUGAGGAUAAUUCCAGAAAAAAUCGAGGGAUGAGACUGCAUUAUAUUAAGGACACUUACAGGGGAAUGUUUUGUGUAUUUGGGUAGUUAGAUUUGAUGCAUCUCAGUGAGUUGGUUUUAGCAAACAAGUAAAAUACUUUCUUUCAAAGCAAAAAACUUUUAGAGAAAGAGUUGUGAUGGUUACACUAAUAUAAUAAUAGGUUUGACAGUUAUUUGUAACCUUGCUCAAUAAGAGUUCUACAGUGAUAUUCCAGGACUUUAAAUACUUUGGUCUAAAUACAUCACAGAUUUUGGCAGAGAGAUACCUAAUGAAAUUUGGAAUUAUGUCUAAAGCAAUGAUGUACCAUUAUGCAUAGAUGCUAGCAUGAAAAAGGAUAGCAGGAUAGAAGGGAAGAAGAAAAUUUAAUUUAUUUUUCCUCUUAUCAAAAACGAUGAGAGGGUGGUGCAGGGAAUAAAUGUACAAGGUCCCUUAAAAGAAGAAAAAAUCUUCAAGUAUCUUAGAAUUACUUCCUAAGAUUCACCUUAGUGGAUUUGCUUUCACUUUUGUAGGAUAUUUCUGUUUUUGUCUAGUUCUCAUUUAUCCUUAAAUGUGGAAUCCCAUUGGCAUGUCUGUUGAAUACAAACAUCUAGGCCAAGUUAGGUGUUUAGGGGCAGCAGAGAAAUUGAGAACAGUUCUCUCUCUGACUAGCCUUGGCACCCUGGGUAGCCUGUGUUCCUGAGUAGGUGACCUUCAGACAUUCACACAGGUAGGUGUGUUCUACCUCUUGGUGCUGUGGCCCAGUGCAGCAGCGUGGAGAUGACAGCAGCUACAGUGUGCCCUUACCCACGUGGCAUUUGAUCUUCUGAUUAUUCCUAUUUCUUAGUGAUCCUUAGGCGCUGCGGAGAGAGUCUUCUGUUUCAUAAAAAUUCUGCUAAUAUAGUUCAAACAGCUUUGGAAGACAUUAUAAAGCUGUAGCCAGCAAUGUGAACUCAUGCUUCAUGCAGAUGUACAUUUUGCAUUAACUACUAGAUCUUAUUUGGUACAUUGACUAGAUUAUGGAAGAAAAAUUACUGAUGUGAAAUCAGUAACUGAAAGGUUUUAAAAAUAGGCAUAUGAAUGUAGUUAAAUGUGUCAUUGGGUACAUUUCAAACUGUUAAUAUGUACAAUGGUACUCUGUGUGGCUUAUAUAAUGUUUUUCAUAGAAUUGUAGUACAAUAAUAAAAUGGAAAUAAAAAAAUGGAAAAGAUA